AACACAACCCUAUAUUUGUGUGUCGUGCCUCUUCACAAAUGACCGCACCACAACAGAUCCUUUUUCGGUGAGCAUCACUUGUGUGUUGCUGUCAGGCUGAAAGGACUCCCAGUGUUGGGAGGAAGAACCACAGACUCCACAAUCCCGAUCUCUAGCAUGUAGAGUCGUAUAGAAGAUGGUGUGGUAUCUGCUCGUAUAGGCUGACACCAUAGAGACACACACAAAAACCCAGAGAGGAAGAGCCGCCGGUACCGGUCUAGCAUGGGAAGACUGCGGAGGAGAGCAUGCGUGGCGCUCUUUCUCUUCGCUCUCUUUAUCUUCGGAACCAUGAUGGGACUCAGGACCCUCAAGACGGGAGACGGUUUAUCAGAUCUGGUUCCGAAUCUGGAGUUCGCCGGCAAGCUGGACCGGCGCUCAGUGUCCUCCUCGUCAUCCUCCUCCUCACCGGGUCAUCACAACACUAAAUCGGCUUUGCCGAACUCCGGUCCGGAGGGAUCCAUAUUCGACGACGUGCACAUGUUUUACUAUGUGUGGUACGGAACCCCGCAAGUAGACGGCAAGUUUGUGCACUGGGACCACGUCCUGGUUCCGCACUGGGACCCGAAGAUCGCAUCCAGUUACCCGAGGGGGAGACACAUGCCUCCUGAGGACAUCGGCUCCAGUUUCUACCCAGAACUUGGACCGUACAGUUCUAGGGACCCGAAUGUGCUGGAGUCCCACAUGGAGCAGAUCGCUGCUUCUGCUGCAGGGGUUCUGGUCCUAUCCUGGUACCCUCCAGGCCUGGCUGAUGACAAUGGGGAACCCACUGAGGAUUUUGUACCGGCCAUACUGGACGCCGCUUAUAGGCACAACCUCAAGGUUGCCUUUCACAUCCAACCAUACCGAGGACGAAACGACCAGAGCGUGCACGACCACAUCAAGUACAUCAUCGACAGGUAUGGCGACCAUGCAGCCUUCUACAAGUUUACCUCCAGCACAGGGAAGAGUCUUCCUCUAUUCUACAUCUACGACUCGUACCUGACCCCUGCGGAGUCUUGGUCUGAACUUUUGUCGCCCACGGGCUCCCACAGCGUGCGAGGCUCCGCCUACGACUCGCUCUUCAUCGCCCUGAUCGUGGAAGAGCGCCACAAGCAGGACAUCCUGGCUGGCGGCUUCGACGGCAUGUACACAUACUUCGCCUCCAAUGGCUUCUCCUUCGGCUCUUCCCACCAAAACUGGAAGGCCAUCAAAAGCUUCUGCGAUGACAACAAUCUCCUCUUCAUCCCCAGCGUGGGACCGGGUUACGUAGACACCAGCAUUCGCCCGUGGAACAGCCACAGCACCCGCAACCGGGUCAACGGGCGCUACUACGAGACGGCCCUGCAGGCGGCGCUCAACGUGCGGCCCGAGAUGGUCACCAUCACGUCCUUUAACGAGUGGCACGAGGGGACACAGAUAGAGAGGGCGGUGCCCAAGAAAACCGCCACCAGGGUCUACUUGGACUAUCAGCCACACGGACCUGAACACUACCUGGAGCUGACACGGCGCUGGGCCGAGCACUUCAACAAGGAGAAGGAGCAGUGGCUCAUGUGAGCUUUCUACCGACCCACCGCCAUCAAACAAUGCACUUAAAUAGACGUUUGUAGCCCCUUUCAAACUGCCUGCCAACGCUGGCUUUUCCCUCGUGUUACUGUUUAAAACGGGAGUGGGGACAACUGCACCCCCUGAGGUAGUAUCGCAGCCGGAACAGAGGCGGGAUGGCAACAAUGUGUAAGGGUAUAUCCCCCAAUGCCGGGACUGCGGUGCCACGUUUAACGCCCAUCCUGUUGUGCUGAAAGCGACUGUCGCUGUCCGACAAGUAUCUUAUAUGUCACACUAGACGCAGGCCAUCUAAUUAACCGACUGUGUGAAAGCGCACAGAGUCACGGUAAUGUCCCGCCUUCACUAAGUUCUCGAAGGGAUCAGCACCUGAGAGGGCUUUGGUGCAGGCGUUUUGCGGUAUAUCUGUGUGAAAAAGAGGCUGGUAUAGGCAAAAGUGAUGGGCACGGAUGUCCGUACUUAGUUGUUGUGUCGUCGGGAAACUUUAGUAGGAAAUCUUGGGAAAAUGCAAGCACAAUAUUCAUCAUUUACAGCAACACCGCCGUCACUGCUCCCAUCACAGCUCCCCCGUGAGUUGGACCUACAACGAAGCACUGGGCUGAGGCUACGCAGUCUACGACUUUGUGAGCAACUCAGAAAACAGUCGUCAGCUCUUGUUGAAUGGAACGCUCUCGUCUUCGGUGGAUUCCCUGGUUGUGUCACAUUUGCACCCACAUGUCACGAUGCUGGGUGGCUACAUGUUCGCUUUCUGAAGAGCGUAACUGCACCCUCUGAGGUAGCAUCGCAGCCGUAACAGGGAUGGGAUGGCAACAAUGUGUAAGGUUAUAUCCCCCGAUGCCGGAGCUGGGGCGCGACGUUUAACGCCCAUCCUGUCGCUGUCCGACAAGUACCUGAUGUCACACUAGACGCAGGCAGAAUUAACGUAAUUCAGCUAACUAACCAAUGAUCAAACAAACAUACAUUAUGACAUCCUACGAAAUUUUCCUGAGCAGUAUUACAAGAUCGUGCUCGGUCAUUUCAACAACUGCUACCACUGGUUUUGUUCCUCUGUGUUCCCGGAGAAAUCAGAUAUGAAGUUUUUUUGCAUGGACCCACUAGCUAACAGACCAGUGAGCAAUGUUGGAUGAUACGUAACCUCAUGGCGAGAUUAAAAACAGAUUCUAUACAUUUCUACUAAAUACACUGCCGGUCCAAAGUUUCAGAACACUCCAAUUUUUAAGCGUUAAGAUGGUCCGUCUCGCUUGCAUUGUUAAUGCCCUUUUUUCUUGCCAUUUUUGGAGCAACAAAUGACUUUCUCCAGUAGAAUGCUGUUCUGACGGUAUAGUACCACAGUGUGUUCCGAACACUGUUUUUAUGCAGACGGAGGAGGUAGUAAGUACUCCGGAACUAGUUAGGAAUUAGUUGCACCAACUGCCAAGGCUUGAACAACCUCCAUUUCUGCUUCAACAGCUUUAAAUUGUUGACCCAUUUUGUGGUCCCUGAAACAGGCCUUUUUCUAUAACUCUGAAAUAGACAUUUUCGGCAUAGGCAGUUUUGGGUAACCUUACCUUUUUUUUAAACCUCUGGCACUUCACCACUUUGUACCAUUUCAAGCUAUUCAUCGGACUUGAACGACUUGAAUGUCAAUAAAUCACUGGAAAAAUUGGGCUGUUUGAAAACGUUUGACCGGUAGUGUAUACAUUUUCCGUACGACAUCCUAGUCCUUUUUUGUUGGUGACAUUCAACAGCAACCGCUAGCGCUGCUUUUGUUCAUUCCGCAGGCAAACUUAGGUACCGGUACUUAGAUAACGGCUAGAUGGUCGAGGAUUGACCGAGUCCUUCAAAACUCGCAAGUUUUUUUUGUUUGUUUUUUUUUUACAGAAUCGGGAGUAGCGGGUAUUCGUCUGUUAACUUGUUGGCUUACCCUGCUGCCACUAGCUAAAUUAAAAAAGGAAACCAGGCAACAUGGCAUUAAUUGUGCAACGGUUACUCUAACUGCAUUUGUGUAAAUGUAUUAACCCCCGGGAAAAAGGAACAGAUCUUCUCCUUGCCUCAAAUCAACUCUCCUUUCCACUUCCUGUUCCUGUCUGAGCUGCUCGCUCGCUAACCUAGAGUCACUCGCCAACGCUGGCGUGAGCGUGUCGACAAGUGUUGCACAUGUGCGAGUCCGCACUGAUUCAUACGUCGACAUCGCCGCCAUUUUGGAUGUGGCAACCAUGGGAAGAUGCCCAAUUCAUGUUCUGCGUGGAAUUGUACCAACCGGUUUACAGUCCAAACAAGAUCUCAUGCGUUUACCUUUCACAGGUAAGGUUGAAAAAAUACCUUUGAUUGUAUUUGGUUGGAUUUCCUUGACGAGGAAUGUAGUUCUGCUUAGUUGCUUAGUCGUGUUAAGCUUCAUCCGCGGCCAUCUUGCUUACGUGUGUCCCACAGCGGAAGAAAAUGCGAGUGUCUUCAUCACAUACACGCGAACGAAGAGGCGACAAACAUAACGCCGAGAGAUUUGUGAUGUCUUGAUUUUGUUGAGGAGGCAUUUUUAUGAUGCAAAUGUGUUACUCUUUUUGAACGCAUAUUGUUUUUAUGGCCCCAGCAACUAAGCAGAACCACGUUCCUCGCCGUGGAAAUCCGACCAGAACUGGACUCGCGGGACCAAAUGAGGGGGGUUAAUCAUUAAUCACUGCUGAUGGUGAUGUCAUACAACUUCAUGUCAAAAAAAUCCGAACUAUCCCUUAAAGUUUAGUCCAUUUUCUUGCAUUUGAUACUUGCGCCGCUGCAACUGGCCACCCAUCUCAAUGAGGUGCUUAGUGCGUAUAUACUGUACGUAUAUCUGUGGGAGUCUCUGUGUGGGUUUUUUGCGCAUGCGUGUUGUGACACCCGACUCGCGUGAAUCAAGCACUCGAUUCACUUUAGUGAGUGUCCGCAAGCGGAAUUAUGUUUCCCAUCACUAGUAACUGUUGUCGCUCUGCAAAGUUUCCAGGACAUCUGAUACAAAGUUUUUGGCAUACUAGUACUUGGAUACUAGUUAACCGACCAACAAAUAACGUUCAUCGACACAUAACAUCCUGCUUGGGCGUGACGGGAGUUGAAACUAAUUUCUACAAAAUGUUUGUAAGCAGCGUAUCAGCGUCGUGCUAGGGAAUUUCCACAACUGCUAGCACUGAUUUUGUUCACCCACAGCGACUUACACUACGGAAAUCAGACAUGUACGUUUUACGUAGUCCCAUUAGCUAAUUCAUAGACAACGUUGAUUAAUGCCCCUGCUCAGGCUGUGGCAACGAUCGACAAAAUAUUCUACACAUUUCUACCCCAGAUGUUCACACAACAUGCGACAUAAUUUUCUGUUGGCGGCAUUACUGUGCCGUGCCACAAUAUUUCAACAAGCGAGAACACUGCUUUUAUUUAUCGCACAGCCAAACGUAAUGAACUGCUGUGUCCCUCCACAAAGCUGUGCAAAAAUUUAUGUUUUUUUUUUUGUAAUCCUACUAACUGACCAGCCACAAACAGAUUCGGCGCUACGUGCCCACCCACGCUCGUAAACGCACUAUAAUGCCUCUGGUCUGCCAGAAAAUAAGACGUAGGAGGAAGGAAGUGACUUUGUCGCUGUGUUUAGCGAGUAAUCAGACUCCUGUAGAUAUUCCCUUUCAAAAAAGCAACUAGUCUAGUGACAAAUCUAGUGAAGAGGCUUUUGGAGAGUCCGAUAUGAAAGCAGAUAUUGCGCUUUUCAAGCAGCAGUGAGUGCUGCCAUCUAAAAAGCACCCACAGGCAACUGUCUUAUUUGUUUCGUGAAAUUUUCAUUUGCAGUUCCAAGCAUUUUUCUUUUUUGACCCACUUUUUGUAAAUGUGUCAUAACCAAUUAUGCAAAUUCAACAAUUUCGUCAUCGCCACCACCACGCCAUGAAUAGAUUGCAGUCCUGUGUUUCAACACUGCAAGGGUUGAAAUAAAAUCAGCAAAUUUCUAUCAUCUUUUUGUACGGAAUCCCACUACAUUCUCAAAGUUCAAGCAAAGCAGAGCUACAGCACGCUGCUGGGAGAUUUAAAUUAAAUUGAGUGCUAGCACUGCUUCGCGGCCUCGUUUAUCACACAGAAAACUUGUUUUAUGAAUAUAAAUGUUAUGGUUGGCAAAUAUUUAUACUGUACAUUUUGUUCCCUGCUGAUUGUUACAAGCUUCUUCCUGGAGGAUAUUUUUCACAAUAAAAGUAUUG